UGCACAUAUACUACACUCUAGCCAGUUUAGAAGACUACAACAAGUCACAGUGAAAUGCAGUGAGGGAGUAGAUGCAGUUUUGACUAAGCAGUUGCACUAUUGUAAAACCAAAUUUUGAAGAUGGCAAUCAAUCAUCAUCACCCAUUGGUAUAAAUGUUUCAUGAUGUGUGUACAAUAGUAAGAUCAUUCAAUGUUACACAGGAGAUGACCAAGAAUCUGUGAAACCAAACGAGGACACUUGUGCAUAAUAACUAAGACUGCUGCGUCCACAGUGCAGUGUGUAUGUAGCUACCUGGUCGACGUCACAUUGCCACAGUCUACAGAGCAAGCGAGCAGUAAGGCUACUUCCUCGAUCAACGGAAUCACAGAACGAGCAACGGGAAGGAAGACAAGAAAAAAAAAGUCACAGAACAAUAAAUAAUCCCUACAUUUGCAAGACGAGGUGGCCCAGUGACGCGUCACCAUGGAACCCUUCUUGCGGAUCGCCUUCAACUCUUACGAUCUGGGUGUUCUGUCCCCCUUGGCCCCUUCUGAUACCCCCUUCUGUGCCAUCAAGAUGAAGGAGGCCCUCACCACCGAGCGUGGUAAGACGCUGGUUCAGAAGAAGCCCACCAUGUUCCCAGCCUGGAAGGCCAGCUUCGACGCCCACAUCUAUGAGGGGCGUGUCCUGCAGGUGCUGCUGAUGAAGACUGCAGAGGAGCCAUUGGCCGAGGUCACAGUGGGCAUGUCUGUCCUUGCCGAGCGCUGCAAAAAGGCCAACGGCCACGCUGAAUUCUGGGUUGACCUGCAGCCCUCAGGGAAGGUGAUGAUGGCAGUGCAGUACUUCUUGGAGGGAGCAACUGAUACAGAGGGAAAGCCUCCCACAAAGGAGGAGGUAGGGGGUCCCACCAUAAACCGCAGACGAGGAGCCAUCAAACAGGCCAAGAUCCACGAGGUCAAAUGUCACGAGUUCAUUGCCACCUUUUUCAGACAGCCCACCUUCUGCUCCGUCUGCAGAGAGUUUGUCUGGGGGCUCAACAAGCAAGGGUACAAGUGCAGACAAUGCAAUGCAGCUAUUCACAAGAAAUGCAUCGACAAGAUCAUCGGCAGGUGUACGGGCACGGCAGCCAACAGCCGGGACACUGUGUUCCAGAAGGAGCGCUUUAAGAUUGACAUGCCACACCGCUUCAAGAACCACAACUACAUGAGUCCUACCUUCUGUGACCACUGUGGCAGUCUGCUGUGGGGCCUGGUCAGGCAGGGCCUCAAGUGUGAAGAUUGUGCCAUGAAUGUGCAUCAUAAGUGUCAGGAUAAAGUGGCCAACCUUUGUGGAAUCAACCAGAAACUACUGGCUGAAGCACUUACACAAGUCAGCCAGAAAUCCUCCACUCGGCGCUUGGACCCAACCCUAGCUGACCCCGAUAUAGGGGUCUAUCAGGAAGUCAAUAGGAAUUCCACUAGUGGUCUGGAUGUUAAUGACGGCCACCCUUAUGGCAGGCUGUGGAAGGGCUCCAGCCCGCAUCCCCCAUCUCGCCUCACCCACCUGACACUCAUCAAUGUAGACAACUUUGUCUUUCACAAGGUCCUAGGCAAGGGCAGCUUUGGCAAGGUCCUGCUGGCAGAGUUGAAAGGUCAGGGGGAGUGGUUUGCAGUGAAGGCCCUGAAGAAAGACGUGGUUCUGAUGGAUGAUGAUGUGGAGUGUACCAUGGUGGAGAAGAGAGUCCUGGCCCUGGCCUGGGACAACCCCUUCCUCACACACCUCUACUCCACCUUCCAGUCCAAGGAACACCUGUUCUUUGUCAUGGAAUAUCUGAAUGGAGGAGACCUGAUGUUCCAUAUUCAGGAGAAGGGACGCUUUGACCUCUACAGAGCAACGUUCUACUCUGCUGAGAUCAUCUGUGGCCUUCAGUUUCUGCACUCCAAAGGGAUCAUUUACAGAGACCUGAAGUUGGACAACGUGAUGUUAGAUCAUAGCGGCCACGUAAAGAUAGCUGACUUUGGCAUGUGUAAGGAGAACGUGUUUGGAGAGAGCCUAGCCACAACCUUCUGUGGGACUCCUGACUACAUCGCUCCAGAGAUACUGCUGGGUCAGAAGUACUCCUUCUCCGUGGACUGGUGGUCAUUCGGGGUGCUGCUGUACGAGAUGCUGAUUGGUCAGUCACCCUUCCAUGGUGAUGACGAGGACGAGCUUUUUGAGUCUAUCCGCAUGGACACGCCACACUACCCUCGCUGGAUCACCAAGGAGGCCAAGGACCUGAUGGAGAAGCUGUUUGAGAGAGACUCAACUCGCAGGCUAGGCAUCGUUGAUAACAUUCGUGUCCACCCCUUCUUCAAGACCAUCAGCUGGCCCGCCCUGGAGAGGAGGGAGGUGGAACCCCCCUUCAGACCCAAAGUGAAAGCCCCCAAUGACUGCAGCAACUUCGACCGGGAGUUCCUCAGUGAGAAACCCUGCCUUUCCCAUGGUGACAAGAACUUCAUGGAUUCCAUGGACCAAUCAGCUUUCGCCGGGUUCUCCUUCAUCAACCCAGAGAUGGAGCUUCUCCUGGAAAAGUGAGGGAAGGGCCUGUCAACCAAUCCCCAUGCUCUUAGUUCUCAGUGACAUUACUGGGGUCAUAGGGGACGCCAGCGAUACAUUACUAAUGGGUUGUCUUUUGGACAUGCAAACUUUUAAGAAAUUAAUUUACAAAUAUAUUUUCUUUCAACAUUCGAUUGCAUUCAAUGUGAUCAAACUCUCAACUUGAGUGAGCUGUUCAAUGUUCAGUAUUUGUGACUGUAAUAGAAGCACAAGCAGUCUCCUACGGAAAAACACAUUUUUCUAUCUCAGACAUAAAAAUCCUAUGAACUAAGAGCAUUUUAUCUUCAUUUGUACCACAUUGUCAACCCUGUUACAGACACUUAUGUUACUGCCUAACUAUUAUUUAAAUGCAUGUUUGAGAUAAAUCCAACAUUUUCUCAUUGAUUAAGUAUUCCUUGAACAAAUAACUCACGUAUAAUAUCAAACUGAUAAAGUUACCGUUGGGCCUCUAACAGGGUUGACGAUAACAUUGUUGAGGUUUUAGGUGAAGAUCAUCCAUUACUCCUCAUGUGGUGAAGAGCAUGGGACCACAUGGUGCUCAUGAAAUUAGGAACUAUAUUUAUGUUCCACACAUAAUGAAAGUUUAAUCAAAUAAAAAUAUUCCUAACAUUAAUUGAGCGAACAGGGUUAAUGUGUUGAGAUCGACCACCUCAGUCAAAGAUGAUAAAACAAUUAUAAAUAGACCAAAAAGAGAGAGAGGACUUCCUUCCCUUUCCACCAUGCUUUUCAGAAGACCCAAUUGAUGUCCACUGCUGUGAAUCAUUUAAAUUGGUGGGAAUGGUCCAUUAUUUAAAAGGGGACAAAUUGUUUGCAGAAGGGUUGGCCUUGAAAUGAGGGACAGACGUAAAUGCAUCACUAAUCACAUGAAUAUAAAUAAUCAUCUUCAGAAAUGACUGUCAUAGCAGCACAAUAACUAGACCUUUACAAUGAUGGUGAAACGUUGAGAUAUUUUGGGAUUAAGUGGGUUGAAAUGUUCCUAGAAGUGACACAGGGUUGAUGGAGGAACAUGUCAAAAUGCAGAAUUUUGGCCUUUAUUCAGGUAAAAAAAAUCUGAUUUAUUGAAUUCUCGAUGUGGUUUAAAUUAUAGUGCACUUCAUUUACAGGCUUUUAAAAUUCAAUAUUGGUGCAUCAUUUCUACUUACAAUAUCAAAGGGAUGCAAAAGGCAUCCAUCUGGUGAAACGACCCUAGGGUCAGGGUCAGUUUGUCAAGGUGUCCUCAUUCAUGUAAUCAAACCCUCAACUUGAGUGAGCUGUUGUAUGUUUAGUAUUUGUGACUGCAAUAGAAGCACAAGCAGUCUUUGGUACUUAGAGAAAUUAUAGGAUUUAAAUGUAUACAGGAAUGGGCCUCUGUUGUACAGAUAUACUGUAGGUGUUACUGUUUUGUGUGCAUGCUAGGGUGUCCAGAUGUACACAGGGGGCCUUAUAUUUUAAUGUUGUGACUUGUAUUAGGGUUGGAAGGUGUAUGUGCGUGCAUGUUUGUGGCUGUGAAAGGAAAUGUUUAAAGACCUCAUACCAACACCAACCACCUCUCAAUCACAACAACCUCUAAAUGUGUCACAUGUUCUUGAAAGACUAACUUAAUCCAAAUGUCCAGUUCGUCACUGCAUGGGGAGCCUUUGCCUCUAUUGUGUGGUCAUUUGGACUGUGUGCCAUGUAGUGUUAAGAAGACCAAAAGUUCAGACUGAGCAACUACAGGAAUCGCUGCCGUUACAUGUAGCCUUCAUAUGGGACUGGGAAAGAUUUGGUGUAUGAUUAUUGUGCUUAUUGUGUAUGAUGCUAUGUGAAAGUCUUUAUUUGAAUUGAACUCAUUGAGAUGCUGUAUAUAGAUCUAUAUAUCUAUAUGUAUAUUGUUGUAAAAUGUAUAUUAUUGGUGUGCUAAGGAUGUGCUUUUUUUACUGUCUCCAUCUUUUACAUCUUAAUAAAAAAUCAUAAACUCCUA